AUGAUCAACACUCUUCCUUGUCCUGCAUGGGUCUUCUCCCCCGAGUCAAACGCUCACCGCGCCAAGGAUCGCUCAUGGUUCGGCGACGACUACCAGACCAUCAGCAGCGCGCUGAGCCUCCAGCGCCGCUCGAGCGACUCGCUGCAGCUCGAGGUCAUUGGCAUCGGCACCGUCGAGCUGCCCGUGAAGCGCCGCCCCGACGCCCGCGGCGCGCAGUCCCACGGGGUGCUGCGCCUGCGCAACGUCCUCCACGUGCCGAGCGGCCUCUGCAACGUCGUCGGCGGCAAGGCUCUCCUGGCCGCCGGCUACCUCGUGCGGCGCGGCCCAGGCGGCGGCGGCAUCCGCGAAAUCUCGGACAAGAACGGCGGCGCCGCCGUCGCGUACCUGCACCAGCCAAACGCGAGGCUCGGCGGCAGGCAUCUGCAGGUGCGUCUCAGCGGGCCGCCCAUCGGGCCUCGGCUAGGCCCCUCGCCCUUUGUCAAGGGCGAAUCAUACAGCUUCAGCGCACGGUGGCACGACGACGCCCGGGAGCAGGUGAUGCGGACAUUGGCCAAGUUGAAGCCGGUGGUGGCCAGUCCAAAGCCUGCAAUGGUCAAGUCAAAGCCGGGGGCAGUGGCCAAGACGCCUGCCCAAUCUCCCGCCGCCACUGGUGCCGCUGUGGCCGCGAAUCCUCCUCUGGCCUUUACCGAAGAGGAGCGCGAGUGGAUGAGGAGGCACCACGGUAGCGUAUAUCUCUUCCUGCGGGUAUGCGGUCUCAAGGGCAGCAGCGCCGAGGACGCUCAGGCGGCGCGGCGCGUCAUCCGGAUGCGGAUGGCCGGCGGCUCCCCGCACAGCGGCGGCGGCGGCGGCGUCAGCAGUAGCGUCAGCGUGGUCGUGGCAGAGGCCGAGCGGUGCUUCGGCAAGGAGGAGCUGGCCUGGGUCCGGGAAAGGUACGGCGAUGGCCUUUCCUUUAUGCUACAUCUUCAGCAUCUACUUCUGGACAUCAUCAUUGCUCCCACCAGAUUGCGCGCAUCUCUCGUUAACAACUUCGACUCGGCCAGCUGUUCCAAUGAGCGGCUCAAGCGGAGGCGCGCCGACAGCGCCAGCGACAGCCAGGCGCGGAAGCGGACGCAGCCAGAGGACCUCAUGUGUCCCGCGAAAUUGCCCUCUGCGUGUGGCAUGGUGCUGACGCUCCAUUGCGCCAACCAUCUCUGCCGGCCGUACACCCGUCUAAUCAUUGUCUACAGUGUCGCAAAGGACAGGGCAUGGUUCUGUGGCGAUUACAGACCCAUUUCGUCUUUCAUCACCCAUCAGCCUGAAGGGUCAGUCAUAGGCAUCGGCACUGUGCGACUGCCCGUCAAGAUCUCGCCUGAUCCCGGAAAUCGUGAGCACGACUUUAUCACGCUGCGCAAUGUGCUGCACGCCCCCGAUUCGUUGUGCAACAUGAUUGGCCUGCCAUUCCAUAAAGACUAUGACUUGAUUUUCAGACCACGCCUCCCAGUCAACGAAUUCCGCCUCCCCGACGGCACCCCCGCUGGCUUCUUCAAGAAUGAAAGAUUUUGUCAGCUCAGGCUUAGCGGUCCGCCCAUCGGCCCGCACGUAGGUCCUUCGCCGUUCAAGCCUGAUUGUUCAUACUGGCUGCGCGGCGACUGGCCAGACGAAGAGCGCGACAAAUGGCUACUACCCAAGAAACGACAAGAUCAUCUGGAUCGCCCGUCCGCGGAAGAAAGAAGGUGGCUCAAGAAGCACUACGGCAAUGAGUACAAGUUCCUGGCUGCGCAUGGUCUCAGGAUCCGCGACGAGCGGGACCGGCAAGAAGGCCUCGAGAUUAUGCGCGACUUUAUGCGUGAAGUUUCGGUCGACAGUCUUGGUGGGUCGGGGCGAGAAGGGGAGCGCGUGUCGCCAGAGGAGAGGAAGUGGCUGAAGAAGCAUUACGGCAACGAGUUCAAGUUCCUCACUAUGCACGGCCUCAGGAUGCAUGACGACCAAGACCGGCAGGAAGGCCUCAGCAUUAUCCGCGUUCUGAUGGAAAGCGAUAGGUUGUAUGCCUAG